CCUGCGGGGAAGGGUCCAUUGAGUGGUUGUGAAGAAGGCAACUUCCAGUAACCUAACUGUUUUAUUCAGCGCGGUCUCAUAUUUAACGUACCUCAAUAUUUUAAGUUUUUAAAGAAGUUUAUACCUCCGUAGCUCUCUUGAACGCUACGUAUCGUUGAUAUCCCUCACCUCACUGCUUUAGCCUGCGCCUUAGCGAACGCAGUCGUGUGGAACGUAGGAUAAACAAGUUAUUAUUAUUUUGAUCGGGACCAAAGUGAAUGAUCAGGACUGAAUUCCAGACGAGGUGCAACGUUAUCACGGAAUACCAUAAUACAUCCUGAUUGGUUAGUCUCUUACAGUUUUAAUACCAAUAUUGGCACCGUUCUGGCUAAAACCAAGAUGGCCGAUGCCGUUAGUUCCAGCGGUAAAACUGUCCGCAUUAUAACGCAUGUCAACGUUUCCCUGUAUGCACUCUGCUUUUGGAUACAAAUUGGAACUUUACCGUAUCUCACGAAGAAACUAGAUGUUGACCCAAUCACAUUUGGAUAUCUUCAAACAACAUUUGCAACAGUUCAACUUUUAGGGGGGCCUAUAUAUGGAAGAUUCGGUGAUCUCUUCGGGAGUAAAUAUGCUCUUCUUUUGGCAUUUUUCGCUGCAUUCAUGUCUUAUUUUCUGCUAGGACUGGCUACAACUGUCUUUAUGGUGUUUCUCUCCAGACUUCCAUCAGUAUGCAUGCAUGCAAUGCACGGGGCACAGAUGGUAGUGACAGAUAUAUCUGACCCGAAUUCCAGAUCGGCUCAGCUUGGAAAACUUGGAUUAUCGUAUGGAAUUGGAAUGGUGAUUGGGCCAAUUGUCGGUGGCCUUUGUACAAAAUACGCAGGCGAACAAACUUCUGCAUUUGUUGCUGCUGCAGGGUCGGCAGUCAGCUUUGUAUUGAUUCUUCUAUUUCUUCCUGUUGAUACAAAGAUAUUUAGUCAGUUAAAAAAAGAUAUGGACAAAAAGAAUGAUGUUCCAGAGGAAGAUGAAUUGCAAACAAAUAAAAGAGGAGUUUUUGAUAUCAGUGAAAUAAUCAGAAUAGCAAUAAAGAAUCCUAAGGCUCGUGCUCUUCUAUUUAUCAAAACAGUCUCUGGAAUUCCUAUUGGAGUUUUGCACAGUAUGUUCAGCGUAUUGGCAAUCAGUCAUUUUCAUCUUUCAGCUGAAAUUAAUGGAUAUGUUUUGUCAUAUGUCGGUGUUGUUUCGAUGAUCAGCCAAGGCCUGAUUGUUGGAAGAAUAACUAAUUUGGGAUAUGGAGAAUGGUCAAUUAUAAGUGGAUCUAUCAUUACAAUAUGCAUAUCAUAUGUAUUAUUGUUGACCAUCGUCACAGAAGUAUUAUCAUUCUGCGUUGCUCUUUUUCCAAUGGUUGUAGCUGGUGCAGUGUUCACAACGGUCAUGAGUGGAAUGCUUACCAAAUCAGUGGAACCCCAAGACACAGGAACAAUGCUUGGAAUCGGCAUGGCAACAAACUCCCUGAUUCGAACUGUUGCACCAACUAUCGGUGGAUUCUUGUUGGAAAGAUAUGGAUUCUUUUCAUUUGGUGUACUUGGAUUAUUGUUUAAUGCACCUCUUGUUCUUUAUAUCGGUAGGUUUAUAUGAUUUGUUUUGCCUUGAAGAGAAUAUGUCAACUGGUACAACAAGUGCGCUAUAUUUGAAACAAUUUUUGUCUUCACAGCUGGUAUUAGAAAGGAGGUACUUUUCAAAUUUCAUUAUUUUAGUAUUUUAUUUGUUUAUAACUGCAUUAACACCAUGCAUUCAUUAAAUAUUUUAAAAUAAUUUUUUUGCUAGCAUAUGUAUGUAAGCUGUGUUGUAUGGAUUUUGCCAAAAAUGAAAACCUUAAUAAACGAAUAUCCCAGACCCAAAGUUGUUUUAUGCAUUUGUAUUUUCGUUUGGUAUUGAAAAUUGGUUAUGUCACGUUCUUAUGUGAAUUUGUUUCUUUGUAUUAUUGAUAUAGGGUCAAAAUAUGUUUUUUUGCUUGAAAUUUAUUAUAAAAAUAUUGUUCUCAAAUCUAGAGAGAUGUAUAAAAUUAUAUUUUAGACAUUUUUUUUUGUUCUCUCACCCAAAUGUUAAAUCAUGCUUUUAAUCCUUUUUCUUUUUCACUUGAAAUAUGCACAAUUUUUCACUUGUUCCAUAUUCCUGACAUUGUGCAAUUGCUUCAUUGUAUGAAUCGUUUCAAUCAGAUAUGUUUGUUGCUACUAUCUUCAAAAAAUCAGACCUAACAAAACUAUCGAAUUGAAGAAUAAUCUUUAGUAAAUCCCCAGAUAAAUUUCUUUUCGUAUUCUGUUAAACAAAAACAAGGCACCCCGAUUUUCCGCUGAAUAGUGCGAUUUCAUUUUGGAUGAAAGUGCCAGACAAUUGCUUAUAGCUAUAUUACUGUCCAACUGUCUGCUGGAUUAAUCAUCGGGCAAAAUUAACACAUGCUUAGAGUACCAAUGGCAAGGGGGCACCGCAGAAAUUUACAUACACGAAUAUUCAAUGGCGUCCAUGGUUGGGAACCGCUGGCUUUUGGUCUCCAAAAGGCAUGAUCUGGCUCUGGUACUAGGAAAUGUUGGGUGGUAGAUAUUGUAUAUUAUGUUUUACGUGAAUUCGAGUUUUACAUAAAUACAUUUAUAAUUGUAUA